AUGCGAUCACCACGGACCUUUCGGUUGCAUCUGAACGACGUAAUCCUCCCAGAACUCACGGGCGCUGUCAAAUCUGCCGUGUCCGAGGCCACUGCACGGCGGUGGAUGAUCCAUGCAGGAUACAAAUACGGAUCUUGGAAGAAGGAUGUUUACAUCGACGGUCAUGAGCGGGAUGACGUCGUCGAGUAUCGGAAGAGCUUUUGCUCUACAUGGAUUGCACUCAGUGGGUGCAUGGCGUCGUAUUCUGGUGACGCGAUGGACACGGUGGAAAGCCCGCCAGCAGAGGAGGUGGUGUGGGUCACGCAUGACGAAUCCAUAUUUUAUGCAAAUGAUGAUGGCGGCAUGGUGUGGACAAAUGCUGCCUACCCUGACCUGCCCAAGAAAGGACGUGGUCGUUCUGUCAUGGUGUCUGACUUCCUUUGCCCUUGCCAUGGACGGCUGUAUAUGCCUGGUGACGAUGGGGAUGCAUUUGUGACCGAGACGCUGCACGUUGGCAAGGCUCAAGAAGGCUACUGGACAAGCGAGCACGUCAUUCGCCAGGUGUCGUCGAAAGUUCUCCCGGCGUUUGCUGCAUUACACCCGGGCCGUACUGCGUUGUUCACGUUCGAUCAGUCAACCAACCAUGCCGCGUAUGCUGCCGAUGCUCUUCGGGUGAACAGCAUGAACCUCAAUCCAGGUGGGAAGCAGCCCAAGCUUCGAGACGGGUGGUAUGUGGUUGGCAGCACAAGGGUGGCCCAACCCAUGUCAUUUCCUGAUGAUCACCCAGUGGCAGCGUUACGGGGAACCCCCAAGGGGAUCAAAGCUGUUCUGGCUGAGCGUGGGGCUUUGGAGGGAUCCAUGCUGCUCACCUGUGGUGCCACCGUGCAAUUGCCAACUGGACCAGCGCUGCUGGAAUGCUGUGCCAGACACCGCCUUGCAUCGUACCCUGACUUCCGUACCCAGAAGUCAAUCCUCGAGGAGACUGUUGUGGCCGGCGGUCACAUAUGCCUCUUCUUUCCGAAGUACCAUUGCGAGCUGAACCCCAUCGAGUCAUUCUGGGGCGCGGCCAAGCGACAUGCUCGGUCGAACUGCGACUACUCGUGGAAUGGACUCGUCCAGUGCGUCCCUCUCAGCUUGGGCAGUGUGCCGCUGGUCUCGAUUCGAAAGUUCUUUCGUCGGUGUUCCCACUUCAUCCAGGCCUAUAGCUAUGGGCUCGACUACGCCAUGUCGAAGUAUGCCCACAAGAAGUACAAGAGCCACCGGCGCAUACCAGACAGCAUUGAAUUGCACAAUAACAACGUUGAAUAG